AGAGUUAGGUCCUCUUGCACUCUCGCAGCUUCUCGUUGACCUGGACUCACACCAUCUUCUCCGAUAACAGGGAGAGAGGAAGGGAGACGCACCUAUGGCUCGGUCCUGGACUCACCUGGGCUUAGCGCUUCUCGUUAUUCAUUUUUCAAUCGGAUACAAUCUUGCCGGCGCUGAGUCGGUUAAUCAUCGGCAGUCGAUGAUAAUUCCCCUACAUCUCACCUCCCCUAAUGUUUUCAAUCUACGACGCGCCUCCGAUGGAAUUCAUUUCCGACGUCAUCUACAGAGCUCGCACACCCCUAACGCUCGGAUGCGUCUCUACGACGAUCUUCUCUCCAACGGUUAUUACACGACACGGCUGUGGAUUGGUAAUCCGCCUCAGGAAUUUGCGCUUAUAGUGGACACCGGGAGUACUGUGACUUACGUUCCGUGCUCAGGAUGCGAACGGUGCGGGAAGCAUCAGGAUCCAAUGUUCCAACCCGAGCUGUCUACUACCUACCAAGCUGUAAAGUGCAAUCCUAGUUGUAACUGUGACGAUGAGGGAAAACAAUGCACAUAUGAGAGACGAUAUGCUGAGAUGAGCUCUAGCAGUGGUGUUCUUGCUGAGGAUGUCAUUUCUUUUGGCAAUGAAAGUGAACUCACGCCUCAACGUGCUGUUUUUGGGUGUGAAAAUAUGGAAACCGGGGAUCUUUACAGCCAACGUGCUGAUGGUAUAAUGGGUUUGGGUCGUGGUCAGCUUAGUGUUGUGGAUCAGCUAGUUGACAAGAGUGUUAUUAGUGACUCAUUUUCACUAUGUUAUGGUGGAAUGGAUGUGGGCGGGGGAGCAAUGGUUCUUGGUGGGAUAUCUCCUCCCCAUGAUAUGGCAUUUACCCGUUCAGACCCCUUCCGCAGUCCAUACUACAAUAUUGAGCUUAAAGAACUACAUGUUGCUGGGAAGCCAUUGAAAUUAAGCCCAAAGAUCUUUGAUGGUAAGCAUGGAACAGUCUUGGACAGCGGGACUACAUAUGCCUACUUCCCCGAAGAUGCUUUUAUUGCAUUCAAGAGUGCUAUCAUGAAGGAGAUCCAUUCCCUCAAGCAAAUACGUGGCCCCGAUCCGAAUUACCAUGACAUAUGUUUUUCUGGUGCUGGAAGGGAUGUCUCUCAACUGUCAAAAGUUUUCCCGGAGGUUAACAUGGUAUUUAACAACGGACAGAAGUUAACAUUGUCUCCAGAGAACUACCUAUUUCGGCACACAAAGGUUAGUGGUGCAUAUUGCUUGGGGGUUUUCCAGAAUGGGAAGGAUCCAACUACUCUCUUAGGAGGAAUUGUUGUACGUAAUACCCUUGUUACCUAUGAUCGGGAGAAUGAUAAAAUUGGAUUUUGGAAAACUAAUUGUUCAGAAUUAUGGAGGAGACUGCAAAUUCCUGGUGGUCCCACCCCAUCACCUUCAGUUUUCCCCAGCAGUAAUGAAAGUACAAGAAUGCCUCCUAGCCCAGUGCCUAGUGCUACUGGAUUGCCGCCAGAUAUCCUUCCAGGUGAAUUUCAGAUUGGAAUGAUAACCUUUGAUAUGUCAAUAACUGUGAAUAACAUUUCACAGAAGCCCAAUUUCACUGAACUUGCAGAGUUCAUUGCCCAUGAAAUGGAAAUUGAUGAUUUACAGGUUCAUCUGUUAAAUUUUUAUCGCAAAGAAAAUGCUUAUCUUGUUAGAUGGGCCAUCUUUCCACCCGAAUCAACUAGAUACAUCUCAAAUAGUACGGCAAUGAGCAUAAUUCUGCGAUUAAAGGAACAUCGUCUACAGUUUCCUGAAAGAUUUGGGAGUUAUCAGUUGCUUGAAUGGAAUGUAGAGCCUCGAAGGGAGCAGACAUGGUGGAAGCAGCACUUCUUGGCGGUGGCUGUUGGAGUUCUGGUAACUCUGGUUGUUGGUAUGUCAAUUAUGGGGGUGUGGUUGGUUUGGAGGCACAGGCAACGUGCAUUUGGUACAUAUCAGCCUGUUGGUGCUAUUAUUCCUGAGCAAGAGCUUCAGCCACUUUGAUUUUGACUUUUUGGUAGGCAUGCUGAUUCUGAUGCAUAGUUCUCCUCUGUAGUUUUCUGUUUCCAUGACUAGGUUUCGCAUCACAUAGCUUCACCCGAAGGGACGAAAUUUAUUAUACCUCAACUGCUGUAAUACGAAAGAGAAAAAAUUAUACAAAAAUGACAACAAUUCUAUAGGUUUUGGAUAUUGUGGUUGUAUGUACCUAGAUGAGGCCAGAAACAAAAUAUUAUUGCACUUUACAUUUUGAUCUUCAAAUGAUGUUCAACUGCUGGAA